CAACCAUUUUUUGAAGUAAUGAGACAUCAUAUUCUUUCCUUAAACAUAAUUCAUUUGAAAUUUUGAUUGUUCGGCGAAAUUUUCUAAGUAACAAAUUGACAUUCACCUUCAUUUUCCUCCAUAGCUAUUUGAUAUCUUUGUGCGCUUUUUUUCCACUUUACCCAAUCUCAGAUGCUUUUCUGGUUCUGCUGGGAUUCAUUUAGCAUUUGAUUGUUAUUCCUUGCCAUUAUUUGUUUUCUCAAGACGAGGGCUUUCUGGGAAAGUUUAUUAGAUCAUUGCAGCUGAAUUAGGUUAACUUGGGAAAGUUUUAUCUGCUCAAAACUUUCAUCUUAUUAGCUAGACCGUGCUGUUUGUUUUUGAAGCAACAUGAACCACCCUCAUCCAUAUGGUGAAGAUCAUUUAUGCACACAGGAUGAACCCACUGUCAUGGGCUUUGAAGUUCCAAGAUCACCCGAUGCAAGUUACAACAAUGUGUAUCCUGGGCAUUUAGAUGAAGGAAGGGAACCACCGAUGGUACCGCCAUAUUUGCAUCAUACCUUGCUAAACCACCCAGCAACAAGAGAUGAAUCAACCUCCCUCCCGUUGCCACAGAACGCGGUGCUAAACCAUCUGUAUAUUGAGAACGGAGAAGUCCCGAGGUCAGUUGUAGCACUUGGUGUAACACACCGUUUUCGCUCAAAAUAUGUUACGGUCGUGCUUUACAAACCCGUCCAAAGAAGAUGAGGUAGCAUAGCAGACAUGCCUGAACGUACACACCAUCUUUGGCUUGUGGUCUGAUGAUAGUAGAGGUAAAUACACAGCAAGUUCUGCAGUGGAGAAUGUUUAUUUCUUCCCAGCUACUAGUAGUAGGAAAAUAUGGUAUCAGGUACCCUUGGACUUGAAUAAUUGAAGUUAUAUGUUCAAUAGUUUUAAAAAGUUUACAUGUAUUAUGGCAAAAAGUUAGUGAUGUCCCUGUUUGUUUGCCUUGACAAUUA